AUGGGAACUCUUCUGUGUCUUCUUCUUCCUUUUCUUGUACUACUGUUCACUGCUUGCAGUGGAUACAGUGAACUUGAAGUCCUCUUGAAGCUGAAAUCUUCCAUGUACGGACAUAAUGGCACUGGCCUUGAAGAUUGGGUGGCUUCUCCUACAUCUCCUUCAGCUCAUUGUUUCUUCUCUGGAGUCACGUGUGAUGAGAGCUCACGUGUGGUGUCACUUAAUUUGUCGUUCAGACAUCUUCCUGGUUCAAUUCCUCCAGAGAUUGGGUUGUUGAACAAGCUUGUGAAUCUUACUUUGGCCAAUGAUAAUCUCACGGGGGAACUUCCUGCGGAGAUAGCCAUGCUUAAAUCUCUCAGGAUUUUGAACAUUUCUGGCAAUGCUAUUGGUGGGAAUUUCUCUGGAAAGAUCACUCCUGGCAUGACACAGCUUGAGGUUCUUGAUAUUUACAACAAUAAUUGCUCGGGUCCACUGCCAAUUGAAAUUGCAAACCUGAAAAAACUCAAGCAUCUUCACCUGGGAGGGAAUUUCUUUUCUGGUAAAAUACCAGAGGAGUACUCGGAGAUUAUGAGCUUGGAGUUCUUAGGCUUGAGUGGUAAUGACCUUUCAGGCAAAGUUCCUUCUAGCUUGUCUAAGCUGAAGAAUCUCAAGAGCUUGUGCAUUGGGUACUAUAACCAUUACGAAGGAGGUAUUCCACCUGAAUUUGGAUCAUUGAGUAAUCUUGAACUUCUUGACAUGGGUUCUUGCAACCUUAAUGGUGAGAUUCCUUCUACUCUAGGCCAAUUAACCCAUCUGCAUUCGCUGUUUCUUCAAUUCAAUAAUCUCACUGGAUAUAUCCCUUCGGAAUUAUCUGGUCUAAUUAGCUUGAAAUCACUUGAUCUUUCAAUCAACAACCUCACUGGGGAGAUACCCGAGAGUUUUUCAGCUUUGAAAAACUUAACACUCAUCAAUCUCUUUCAAAACAAGCUGCACGGUCCAAUCCCAGACUUUGUUGGUGAUUUUCCAAACCUUGAGGUGCUUCAGGUUUGGGGAAACAUCUUCACAUUUGAGCUUCCCAAACAGCUCGGCCGGAAUGGGAAGCUGAUGUAUCUGGACGUGUCAUAUAAUCACUUGACAGGAUUGGUUCCUCGGGACUUAUGCAAGGGAGGGAAAUUGAAGACGUUGAUUCUCAUGAAUAAUUUCUUCAUUGGAUCACUUCCUGAAGAAAUUGGCCAGUGCAAGUCCUUGCUCAAAAUCAGAAUCAUUUGUAAUCUCUUUACAGGCACUAUCCCUGCUGGGAUCUUUAAUUUACCUUUGGUGACCCAAAUUGAGUUGAGCCAUAACUAUUUCUCCGGCGAGCUUCCACCGGAGAUUUCAGGAGAUGCACUAGGCUCUCUUUCGGUUUCUGACAAUCGGAUUACUGGUAGAAUCCCCCGGGCUAUUGGGAAUUUGAAGAGUUUGCAGUUUCUAUCUCUGGAAAUGAACAGACUUUCUGGUGAAAUUCCUGAUGAAAUCUUCAGUCUGGAGAUCCUCUCCAAGAUCAGCAUCCGUGCCAACAACAUUAGCGGUGAAAUCCCAGCUUCCAUGUUCCAUUGCACUUCACUUACAUCCGUUGAUUUCAGUCAAAACAGCAUCAGUGGGGAGAUUCCAAAGGAGAUUACUAAACUGAAGGAUUUGAGUAUUCUUGAUCUCUCUCGAAAUCAGCUUACUGGUCAACUACCGUGUGAAAUUCGAUACAUGACAAGUCUUACAACUCUAAACCUCUCCUACAACAAUUUAUUUGGCCGGAUCCCUUCUGUCGGCCAAUUCCUGGCGUUCAAUGACAGCUCAUUUCUUGGAAAUCCAAAUCUCUGUGUAGCAAGAAAUGACUCUUGCUCAUUUGGUGGUCAUGGCCAUAGAAGGUCCUUUAAUACUUCAAAGCUAAUGAUCACUGUCAUUGCUCUUGUCACUGCGUUGCUGUUAAUAGCAGUGACAGUUUACAGAUUGAGAAAGAAGAAUCUGCAGAAAUCACGGGCCUGGAAGCUCACUGCAUUCCAAAGGCUCGAUUUCAAAGCAGAGGAUGUGCUCGAGUGCUUGAAAGAGGAAAACAUUAUAGGCAAAGGUGGCGCUGGGAUUGUCUACCGUGGGUCAAUGCCAGAGGGUAUUGAUCAUGUAGCUAUCAAACGACUUGUUGGUAGAGGCACCGGACGAAGCGAUCAUGGCUUCUCAGCCGAGAUUCAAACACUUGGAAGGAUCAGGCACCGAAAUAUUGUAAGGCUGCUGGGGUACGUAUCAAAUAAGGAUACCAACUUGCUGUUGUAUGAGUACAUGCCAAAUGGGAGCUUAGGAGAGCUUUUGCAUUGUUCAAAGGGAGGCCAUUUGCAUUGGGAAACCAGGUACAGAAUUGCUGUGGAGGCUGCCAAGGGACUCUGUUAUCUUCACCAUGAUUGCUCUCCUUUGAUUAUACAUAGGGAUGUGAAGUCCAAUAACAUAUUGCUUGAUUCGGAUUUUGAGGCUCAUGUUGCUGAUUUUGGGCUGGCCAAGUUCUUGCAAGAUGCAGGUGCAUCAGAAUGCAUGUCCUCUAUUGCUGGCUCCUAUGGUUACAUUGCUCCAGAAUACGCUUACACAUUGAAAGUGGACGAAAAAAGUGAUGUUUACAGCUUCGGUGUUGUGCUGCUGGAGCUGAUAGCAGGGAGGAAGCCAGUAGGGGAGUUUGGAGAUGGGGUGGACAUAGUGAGAUGGGUCAGGAAGACCACGUCAGAACUAUCUCAGCCAUCCGAAGCAGCUUCAGUCUUGGCAGUUGUGGACCCCAGGCUUAGUGGGUACCCUCUAACAGGUGCCAUUCACCUGUUUAAGAUAGCUAUGUUGUGUGUAAAAGAUGAGAGCUCAGACCGGCCUACCAUGAGGGAAGUGGUUCACAUGCUCACCAAUCCUCCACAGUCAGCCCCAAGCCUCCUCACCCUUUAG